AUGUCCGACAUUUCGGAAUUUGUCGCCUCGUGCAAUGAAACGAAGCGGCUGCAACAAGACCACACUUGUGAGAAACAUUGGAAAAAAUGGGGUCCCUAUGUUGCUGAACGCCAAUGGGGAACUGUCCGUGAGGAUUACUCCGAGGAUGGAGAUGCUUGGAGCCACUUCCCCCAUGAUCAUGCACGCAAACGAGCCUACCGCUGGGGAGAAGAUGGGAUUGCCGGAGUAUCUGAUGACCAUGGCUUUCAAAACAUAGCCUUUGCAUUCUGGAAUGGAAUAGAUCCCUUCCUCAAAGAACGACUGUUUGGGUUGUCCAACUCCGAAGGGGUGCAUGGCGAGUCAGUCAAGGAGGUUUACUUUCACCUAGACAAUGUGCCCUCGCACUCAUACAUGAAGUACCUCUACAAAUAUCCCCAGCGUGAAUUUCCUUACGACAAGCUCGUUCGAGAAAACGCCAACCGAAGCGUAGAAGAACCGGAAUACUCCUUAGUCGAUACCGAGAUCUUCGAGGCCGACCGCUACUGGGACAUCUUCAUCGAAGUGGCGAAGGAGGGCGAUGACGAAGAAGAGCUCAUUUUCCGUGUUGUCGCCUACAAUCGUGGACCAGAGCCUGCGCCUCUGCACAUAGUCCCGCAAAUCUGGUUCAGGAAUACAUGGGGAUGGGGCCGGAAGUCGGAACACCCAAAGCCAACAUUAGCGAAGGCAAGCGAUCUUGCUAUCGUAUCGGAUCAUUUGAAGCUUGAAAGAACAUAUCUUCUAUUCUCCCCCUCUCCCGGUACGGGUGCCGAUACAGACGACGUCCUUCCCGAGUUUCUUUUUACCGAGAAUGAUACCAAUUCGGAGGCUCUGUCAUUAGGCCCGAAUCCCACACCACAUGUCAAAGACGCAUUUCACAGAUACAUUGUGGAUGGCCAGUCGACGGCUGUGAAUGCGAAACAAACCGGGACCAAAUCCGCCGUUUGGUAUGCUUUUGAUAAUCCCGGUGUCCCUCCGGGAGAAUGCGCUGUGGUUCGAUUCAGACUGUCCAAAAAUCACAAAGACUACAUUGACGAGGAGGAAUUGGAUAACAUCAUAGAGCAGAGAAAGGAUGAAGCGGAUGAUUUCUACUACAAGGUUAACCCACGGCCAAUGUCAGAUGACCUGAGAAACAUUCAACGUCAGGCGUUCGCCAGUAUACUUUGGUCUAAGCAACACUACUACUUCGUUUGGGAUCACUGGAUCAAUGGAGAUCCAGUUAGGCCCGUCAACAGGAGGAACAUCGACCAGCAAUGGAGACAUAUGCACCUUGACGAUAUCUUUUCAGUCCGUGACUCCUGGGAGUACCCUUUCUCUUCCGCGUGGGACUCGGGCUUUUCUGGUAUUACAUUGGCGAUGAUUGAUCCACAACUCGCCAAGGACCAAUUAUUACUCUGUACAAGCGAGCGCUACAUGCACCCCAACGGCCAACUGCCCGGAUAUGAAAGAAAUUUUGGCGAUAGCAGCCCUCCCGUGCAGGCAUGGUCAGCCUUUCGUAUAUUCAAAAUCGAGCGCAAAAUGUAUGGUCGACAGGACCUAGACUUCCUGGAGCUGAUGUUUGAGAAACUACUGAUCAACUUCACGUGGUGGGUAAACCGGAAAGAUUUAGAGGGCAAGAACCUUUUUGAAGGCGGGUAUCUCGGACUCGACAACAUCGGCAUCUUCAGCCGAUCAGACCCUCUUCCAACGGGUGGUGUUUUGGAACAAGCAGAUAGUACAGGAUGGAUGGCUUUCUAUUGCCUCAGCAUGUUGAACAUCAGCCUGGAGCUGGCAAAACACCGUCGCAUCUACGAAUCCAUGGCCUCAAAAUUUUUUGAGCAUUUCGUUCUCAUCAGCGAUGCCAUGCGGAAUCUCUGGAAUGAGGAAGACGGUUUCUACUAUGAUGCAAUCUCCUGGGGCGCCCCGUGGAGCCGGCAGCUGCCAAUUCGCUCUCUUGUUGGUCUGAUUCCUCUUUACGCCACCCUCACAUUGGAGCCGGAGAUCAUAGAUCGGUUUCCCAAAUUUAAGCGUCAGCUUGAAUGGUAUAUUGAAAACAGGCAGGACAUGGCAGAGCGCAAUAUUGCGAGCAUGACUCGGCGAGGGAAAGGAGACCGACUGCUUUUGGCCCUCGUUAGUAAGCCACGAUUGGUGAGGAUACUAUCCAAGAUGCUUGACGAAGAAGAGUUUCUGUCUAAAUACGGUAUCCGCUCAUUAUCUCGACACCAUGAAAAGCACCCAUACCUCAUGGGGUUUCAGGGUAAGCAGUUUAAAAUCGGGUAUACACCAGGGCAUGCGAAUAGCAGGUUAUUCGGGGGGAAUAGUAACUGGCGGGGUCCCAUUUGGACCACGGCCAAUUUUCUUCUUAACGAGUCCUUGCUUCGAUUCUUCAUGUUCUAUGGCACAGAAUUGAAGGUUGAAUGUCCUACUGAUAGUGGUGACUACCUACACCUGGGCCAUGUUGCUGAAGAACUGAACCACAGAUUCAUAUCAUUGUUCACCAGAGAUGACGAAGGGCGGAGGCCUUCCAAUGCUGGAGAUGAUCGCCUUGACUUCGAUGAACACUGGAAAGACUAUCUUUGGCUGCACGAAUUCUUUGAUGGAGACAAAGGCUGUGGCUUUGGCGCCAACCAUCACUCUGCCUGGAGCAGUUUGAUCGCAAAGGUCAUUCACAGUACAUCUAUUACUGUUAGACUCUCUUUCACUCCACGAACUCCGUUCGCCAUGAUGCACUAUUACUUUGAUGAGGUUUUUCACAAACGCAAUUUCAAUUCGGUUCGGUCUAUCCCCUCUCCCAUUGCGGAGGAUAAAGAUGAACUUGGUUUCCCGGUUUCUCAAAAUAAGGAUAAAUUCGACCAAAAAACGGAGAAUAAGACGGAUGAGAUUGAUAAGAAGAUCGAUCAUCAGGUCGCCUCGCAGCUGGACGGCAUCCGCAUAUCAGCCGAAAAUGGUCAAGCUGACGACCUUGGUGAUCACCGGUCUAUUUCAGUCCGAGAAAAUACUGUUUGGAUAUGA